AAUGGCUAAGAUCCACAAUUUUUUUAUUUAACAAAAUUUUUAGCGCAUACUUAAUUUAAUAAUAUCAAAAACAUGAUGAGAUGAUAAAAAUCUCUAUAUAAACAAGCUCCAUCAAAGUAUAGGGUAUAACCUAUAAACCCAACACAUUCCAACUUUUGAGUAGCCAAAAGACAAUAAUUAGCUUAGAGAAAUACUACUACAACUCAUCAUGGCCACUGCAACCAAACUCCUGAACCUUGUCACAAUCUCCAUUUUUGUCAUCUCCAUCUUCACUCCCAAAGCUUCUGCACAAUCCAAUGAGUGCAACGCACAGUCUAACAACAGCUGCAAUGACAAAUCUGCGGCGCUACCACUGAAGAUCAUCGCCAUUGUCUCCAUCCUCGUGACGAGCAUGAUCGGCGUCUGCCUCCCUCUCUUCACCAAAAAGAUCCCAGCCCUUCAUCCGGACAGGAACCUCUUUGUGAUCGUCAAGGCCUUCGCGGCCGGCAUCAUCCUCGCCACCGGAUUCAUGCACGUCUUGCCCGACUCCUUCGACAUGCUGUGGUCGGAUUGCCUGAAAGAAAAUCCAUGGCACAAGUUCCCCUUCACCGGCUUUGUUGCCAUGUUGUCCGCUAUCGUUACUUUGAUGGUGGAUUCCAUGGCCACUGCCAUUUAUAGCAACAACCAUAAAAAGGGCAAAACUGCUAUCACUCCUCAUCAUCAAGGAGAUGAUGAAGAGGCUGUUGCCGAGAGAGAUCAAGAGAUGGUGGCUCCGGCCAGGCCAACCGGCCAUUUUCAUGGACACCAUCAUGGUUUGGGCAAGGAAGACAGUCCUGACACUCAACUUCUUCGUUAUCGAGUCGUUGCCAUGGUAUUAGAACUUGGAAUUGUCGUUCAUUCCGUAGUCAUAGGCUUAUCUCUUGGCGCUUCAAACAACACAUGCUCAAUUAAAGGUCUUAUUGCUGCCCUUUGUUUCCAUCAAAUGUUUGAAGGAAUGGGUCUUGGUGGUUGCAUUUUACAGGCUGAGUACAAGCUCCUGAAGAAGGCAAUCAUGGUGUUCUUCUUCUCAGUGACUACUCCAUUUGGCAUUGCCCUAGGGAUAGCCAUGUCUAGUAUAUACAAAGAAAAUAGCCCAAGUGCAUUGAUAGCGGUUGGAUUACUCAACGCUUCAUCAGCUGGGCUUUUAAUCUACAUGGCUUUGGUUGAUCUUCUCUCUGCAGAUUUCAUGGGCCCAAAGCUUCAAGGCAGCAUCAAUCUUCAGAUCAAAUCAUACAUAGCGGUCCUUUUGGGUGCUGGUGGCAUGUCUGUCAUGGCCAAAUGGGCAUGAUCGAUACAUGUUUAUAUAUAUUAGUCAUAAUUGAUGAACUUUAAUGUAUAAGUUUAAAAAUCAAUGUAAUAAAAUCUUGUGGCUAUAUGUAGUGUAGCUUGUUUCAAUAUUUCGUUUCAAUUUAAGAGUCUUGUCUCUGAAAGGUCAUGUAUCAAAAAGUCGUCACUAUUUUGUCAAGUGACGGAAAAAAGGAAAAGAAAUGGUUGCUAUGGUUUUAAAUU